UCUUUUCUACUUCAAUUAGCACUUGACUCCAACUCCUUACAAAUCCUCGUAGGAGAGAGAGAGAGAGAGAGAGAGAGAGAGAGAGAGAGAGAGAGGCAGGAAACCAUGGGAGACGUUAAGGAAGUGACCACAAGAGAUGAGCCAGAGUACAGAGGAGUAAAAGCCAUGCCCUUCGUUAUAGGAAAUGAGACCUUUGAGAAGUUGGGAACAAUUGGGACGUCAUCCAAUCUGCUGGUAUACCUCACAAGUGUGUUCAACAUGAAGACAAUCACAGCAACAAACAUAGUCAACGUCUUCAAUGGUACUUGCAACUUUGGAACCCUGCUCGGAGCUUUCCUCUCCGACACUUACUUCGGCCGCUAUAAAACUCUCGGAUUCGCUUCCAUAUCCUCCUUCUUGGGGAUGCUCGUACUGACACUCACGGCAGCAAUCUCAAACCUUCACCCUCCCUCCUGCGGAUCAGCUGACGCUAACGCAUGUGCUGCCCCAACAGGAUGGCAGAUGACUUUCCUCCUGAUUGCUUUUGCCCUACUGGUAGUCGGCGCGAGCGGAAUCCGACCGUGCAACCUAGCCUUCGGAGCAGACCAGUUCAACCCGAACACAGAGUCAGGGAAGAGGGGAACCACCAGCUUCUUCAACUGGUACUACUUCACCUACACUUUCGCCAUGAUGGUUUCUCUAACGGUCAUCGUCUACGUACAGUCGAACAACGGUUGGGCUCUGGGACUGGCUAUUCCGACGUUCCUCAUGUUCCUGUCUUGCGCCUUCUUCUUCGUUGGCACGAGAAUGUAUGUCAUGGUGAUUCCCACAGGGAGUCCCUUGACGAGUGUAGUGCAGGUUUUAGUUGCUGCAAUCAAGAAGCGGAAGGUGGAGUUGCCGGAACAACCGUCGGUCUCCCUUUACAAUCAUUUUCCUACUAUAUCGAUCAACUCGAAGCUCGUUUACACAGACCAAUUCAGAUUUCUCAACAAAGCAGCAAUCGUCACCUCUAAAGACCAAAUCAAGCGCGAUGGAUCAGCCCGAAAUCCAUGGAGGCUCUGCAGUAUUCAACAAGUGGAAGAAAUGAAAUGCCUGUUGAGGAUAAUACCCAUAUGGGCAGCAGGGAUCGUGUACUACGUCUCGAUAGUUCAACAGCAGACCUACGUAGUAUUCCAAGCCCUACAGUCCGACAGGCGUUUAGGCAACACUGGUUUCCAAAUCCCAGCAGCAUCCUAUAUUGUCUUCACCAUGUUAUGCCUCACGAUAUGGAUCCCUAUCUACGACCGCACCAUAGUCCCAAUCCUCCGUAAGCUCACCAAAAGAGAAGACGGGAUCACAACCCUCCAAAAAAUAGGCAUCGGAAUGGGAAUCGCUAUAGCCACUAUGAUCGUAUCAGCCGUAGUAGAAAGGUAUAGGAGGGACUUAGCCCUUUCUAAGCCAACAUUAGGGAUUGAGCCAAGAAAAGGGGCUAUUUCUUCCAUGUCAGGGCUAUGGUUAGUGGCUCAGUUGUCACUAGCAGGACUGUCUGAAGCUUUUACGAUUAUUGGACAAGUUGAAUUCUAUUACAAGCAGUUUCCGGAGAACAUGAGAAGCAUCGGUGGGUCAUUCUUGUCCCUUGGGUUGGCGUUGUCGAGUUAUUUGAGUAGCUUCCUGGUGUCGACGGUGCACAGCGUAACAGAGGGAGAUGGAAGAGGAAAUUGGCUGGCAGAAGAUCUUAACAAGGGGAGAUUGGACUACUUUUACUACCUCACUGCUGGUCUAGAGGUCUUAAACUUGGCCUACUUCCUGGUGUGUGCCAACUGGUACAAGUACAAAGGAGACAGUGCCAACACCUUUGGCGCGCCCCUUGAAGAAAUGCAGUCCGAGAAACAUCCUGUUUGAUCCGCGAAUUAGUCAAGCUUCUUUGUUUUGUUUUGCUUAUAUAAAGCUAGCAAAUCCAUGUCCUAAGUAGGAGCUAGGAAUGCAUGCACACUGAGGAAAUGCAUAACUAUGUAACUGAACGCCAUAAAUUUACGAAAAAGUUGAUCUUUCGGUCCUUACUGAAAA